AUGAAGCACCUGGUAGUCAUAGCACAAGUGCCCUGGUUCCUCACUACCCUUGCCUUAGCAUUUUCCUAUCCAGUGCCGCUUCACCUCCCGGUGGUGGCCGCCGAUGCCAACGCCGUCGUCUCCGACAUGGCAUUCCCACAACCGAUGCCAGCUCCACGACCUGCGGACUGCCCUAGCAUGUGUGGCGACGUGCAAAUCCCCUACCCAUUCGGCAUCGGCGACAACUGCUCCUGGUCAGGCUUAGAUGAAUUCACCCUCAUCUGCAACCGUACCUUUAACCCUCCGAGACCAUACCUCGGUGACUUCGAGGUCAUGAGCAUCGCGCUGGACGCCGGCGAGAUGCGCGUCGUCGGCUCCGUGUCGUACAUCUGCUACAACUCGUCCACCACAGCCAUAGCCGACGGGAUCUUGGGCUGGACAUUCACCUUCGCGCCGUUCUUGGUCUCGCAGAAGCGCAACACCUUCACGGCCAUCGGCUGCCACACGCUGGCGUAUCUGAGUGGCAUGGACGACCGGAGCUACCGCACCGGCUGCAUCACCUCGUGCAAGAGCUUGCAUGCCGCGGCGCAGGACGGCGAGGAGUGCACGGGGCUUGGCUGCUGCCAGACGUCCAUCCCCGCCAACAUCAGCACGAUAGAGGUUUUCUGGAGGGACAGCCCCAACUAUACCCCCAUAAAUCCUGCGUGGAGGUACAGCCCCUGCAGCUACGCCUUCGUCGCCGAGAAAAACUGGUACCACUUCAGACGUAGAGACCUCACUCUUGUUGCAAACAAGAACUUUACUGACCGUGUUGGAGACAGAGGCAUCCCUUUGGUGCUUGAAUGGGCCAUCAGGAGUAAUGGAUCCUGCCGUAUCCAACUGGAGGAUAAUGACCGAGAGUCAGCAAAACCAGCAGCUUUAGCCUGCGUGAGCGCCCAUAGCUACUGUACCAACGCCACACAGGGUUCUGGGUACCUAUGCAGGUGCUCCGAGGGAUACAUGGGCAACCCCUACAUCAUUGGUGGAUGUACCAAUAUUAAUGAGUGUGAGCUUCGGAAAUCAAAUCCUGCAAGAUAUGAAAAAUUAUAUCCUUGUCACAGUGGUAGUACAUGCUAUGACACACAGGGUGACUACAUGUGCAAAUGCAAAUUUGGUCUCAAAGGUGAUGGUAAAAGUAACAAAGGAUGUCAGCUCAUAUUCCCAGAAUAUGCAAUUGCGAUAGUAGGAACAUUUGUUGCCUCCGUUCUAGCAUGCCUUGUGGUUAUGGAGAUCAAGAGGCGAAAGCAAAAGAAGUUUUUCGACAAAAAUGGUGGCGAAAUACUAAAGAGCAUGGGCAUUAACAUCUUCACGGAGGGGCAGCUGAAGAAGAUCACAAACCGCUACAGCACACCGAUUGGAGAAGGUGCCUUCGGCAAGGUCUUCAUGGGGAUAAUUGACGCCACCCAACGGGUCGCAGUUAAGCGCUCCCAUGUGAAAGGCGAGGCACUCCGUCAAGAGGACUUCGUGAAUGAGAUCACCAUCCAGUUCCGAAUCAGCCACGCCAACUUGGUGCGCCUUGUCGGGUGCUGCCUAGAGACAGAUAUCCCCAUGCUCGUCUUCGAGUUUGUUCCCAACGGCAGCCUCUACAAUGUCCUCCAUGGCGCUAGCAAGCUUCACAUGCUACCACUACUAGUGCGCCUAGACAUUGCCCUUGGCUCUGCACAAGCUCUUGCCUACAUGCACUCGCAUGGCAGCCACAACCACGUCCAUGGGGAUGUCAAGUCUGGCAACAUUCUCCUGGACGAGAACCUCACACCCAAGGUCUCUGACUUUGGGUCAUCCAAGCUCGUCUCGAUCGCCAUGCAUGCCAACUGGUCUGUGGCUGGGGACAUGAACUAUAUAGACCCAGUGUACAUCAAGACAGGCUGUUUCACGGAGAAGAGCGAUGUUUAUAGCUUCGGGGUGGUUCUAUUAGAGCUCAUCACUCGAAAGACGGCCAAGUACGACGGGUGCAGGAGUCUCCCCAUAGACUUUGUCAUGUCCUGCAAGGAUGAAGGCAAAAGAAGAGCGAUGUAUGAUAGAGACAUCUUGUGUGAAGACGACGGUCUAUCUUAUGUCAACAUGGAGUGCCUUGACAGGAUUGGCGAACUUGCAGUAAGAUGCCUCAAGGAAGAUGUGGAGGAGAGACCAACAAUGGUAGAAAUGGUGGAGGCGCUUAAGCAAGUGAAGUCAGUAGCCUGCGGAUGCUCAUGUUCUCACACCACUUAUGAAACCUACACAGUCAAGUUCAACUAG